CUCCAGCAUUGCCCCCUGACGCGCCUGUUGCUGGUCCCGCAAAGCGAGCCUCUGGUCCAGCAGUGCGGCGAAGCCCGCCAAGAGCGACUGAUUGGAUUCCCCCUGCAUGAGACGCGGAUGCCCGUGCACCCAAACGUGUUCCUGACCGACGCCAAGCGCAUUGUGGACCUGUUGCUGGUGGGCGUGGACGCAGCUGGCAGGGCCGCGGCGCUGUCCGCGAUCGUUGACCGGCUGCGGCGUGUGGGGCCGCGGGUGGUCGUGCUGUACGCCACGUGGCGCGUCCUGGCGGACCUGGCUAGGUUGCUGCAGCAGCAGGAGCAGCAGAAGCAGCAGGAGCUGGAGCAGCAACAGCUCGGUCCCGCCGCCACCAACAGCCCGCAGGGCCUCUUGGAGGCGGUACAGAAGGUCCAGGUCAGCGCGGCGGCGCCUGGCUCUGUGGUGGACCCCGAUGCUGCGGUUGCGGUUUUGAAUGCCGCCCAACAAUUCAUCAACGGCAAAAAGGCGGCAGCGCCCCCGUUGAUGAAUUCUGCCUGGCAGUGCGAGCAGCCCGAGCGUGAGCUGCUGGCAGAGGGCGCCGCAUCCAUGCUGGUGCUGUCAGCCAUGCAGCCACCCAAGCUGUCGUCCGCUGCUGCUGCGGCAAGCGGCGGCAGUGGCAGCAGCAGCGGAAAUGUGGCAGCAGGAGCAGCUGCUGCUGAGGCGGCCACCUCCGCGCCGGCAACGCGCCUGGAGCUGGACGGCCUGGCAGUGCAGCGAAAGAAGGGCACACUGCGGGUGGUCAUGCUGGAGGCCAAGUCCAGCAGAGCAAAUCUGCAGAUGGCGCGGCAGCAGCUGCGUCGCGCCGGCACCAUCCUGGCGUACGUGUACAACGUCGCCGCUGAUGCCGGCGCCUUUGGCGGGUCGCCCCCACGGCUGCAGCUGGAGGGGCGCAUCGCGCUGUCGCGGCUGGAGGGGCUGUCGCCAACGGAUGAGGUGGUGGUGCUGGAGCCGAGCGGCGGUAGCAGUAGCAGUAGCAGUAGCAGUAGCAGUAGCAGUAGCAGUAGCAGUAGCAGUAGCAGUAGCAGUAGCAGUAGCAGUAGCAGUAGCAGUAGCAGUAGCAGUAGCAGUAGCAGUAGCAGUAGCAGUAGCAGUAGCAGUAGCAGUAGCAGUAGCAGUAGCAGUAGCAGUAGCAGUAGCAGUAGCAGUAGCAGCCUCGUGGUUGGCGGGCCGCGGUUCUGCAUGCAUGACUGUGGUCAACGGUAGACUUCGUUGGUUGUGUCCAAGUGCCCUGAGGGCCUGAACGGAGCGGAUUGACGUGCGGAGCUGACGAGUGCAACGUGUGGACUCCUGACAGCCAUGAACGUGGACGAUGGACAGCGCGCGAAAGGAGAAAUGACAUUUCAUAUCGCGUCCUUUGUUUGGAGCGGGUGAUGAGGUGCGGUGUAGGCGUUUGUGCGCAUCUGGAGGUAGGAGAGGAGGAGGAGGCGUGAAACCUCUUGUGCCGUCGAGCUUUGUCUCUCGACGAGGGGAGGCCGCUUCAGCGGCCGGUAGCCCCCUUACACCCGGAUAACUGACACCCAGUGUCGUAAACACAUUGAGCGAAGGCGGUCCCGUGUGGCCACUCCGACCUCCGUGCGCGCGGGUGGGGCGCGGCGUCUGGACUGCGGGGGGAGCCCGAGCGCCCCGCUAACCCGACCAGGAGAACCUGAAAAGGCCGCGGAUGCUGUACAGAACGGUUACAAUGUGCGGUGAUACGGUACUAAGCACUUGAUCUGCGCGUGUGCAUGGGAUGCAUGUCAUGACAACUGCUACUGCAUAACCCUGCAUUGAAGGAAGGCUGGGCGACCGCUCAGGCGUGUAUCCGGGACUGACAAGAAUAUCUG